UUGUUCACUAGCCAUGUCUAGGACCGUCUUCUACACUCUCUCAAUUUUCAUCAUGAUCUCAUCACCCUGGCCACCAUCCUGGCCGUUGAUUUCAGCUACCCGGCCGUCUUCAACUUCGGCGACUCAAAUUCUGACACCGGCGGGCUUGUCGCCGGGCUCGGCAAGUGGCUGAACCUGCCAAACGGCGAGACCUACUUCGGCAAGCCGUCUGGACGGUUUUGCGAUGGACGGCUAAUAAUUGAUUUCCUCAUGGAUGCAAUGGAUCUUCCAUUCCUCAAUGCAUAUUUAGAUUCCGUUGGCGCUCCCAGUUUCAGGAAAGGCUGUAAUUUUGCAGCUGCUGGGUCUACUAUUCUCUCGCUGACCGCAUCGUCCAUCAGCCCAUUUUCCUUUGGAAUUCAGGUGGCCCACUUCAUCCGAUUCAAAGCUCGAGUUCUUGAGUUAGCAGGCAAGAAACUAGAUAAAUACAUUCCUCAGGAAGAUUAUUUCAAGCAAGGGCUAUACAUGUUCGAUAUAGGCCAGAACGAUCUUGCGGGUGCAUUUAAUUCCAAAACGGAGGACCAAGUACUUGCUUCUAUUCCAACCAUUUUGCAAGAAUAUGAAAUCAGAAUUUAUAAACUAUAUGACCAGGGUGCAAGGAAGUUUUGGAUUCACAACACCGGGCCCCUUGGGUGCUUGCCUCAAAAUAUUGCCACUUUCAGGAAAGAUCCGUCAAUGCUCGACGAGAUUGGAUGUGUGAGCUCACACAAUCGUGCUGCCACGCAGUUCCAUUUGCAGCUUCAUGCUCUUUGCACAAAAUUGCAAGGCAACUUUACAAAUGCAAACGUCACUUGUAUCGACAUCUUCUCAAUAAAACUCAACCUCAUCUCAAAUUCUUCUCGAUAUGGAUUUGAACAUCCAAUAACAGCUUGUUGUGGGUACGGAGGCCCGCCGCUGAAUUACGAUAGCCGGAUCUUUUGUGGUCAAUCAAAGACAUUGAAUGGCAGCUCAGUAACUACGAAUGUCUGCAACAAUACUACUGAAUAUAUAAGUUGGGAUGGAGUUCAUUACACGGAAGCCACCGAUCUUUACGUCUCGUUGCAAAUACUCACUGGAAAAUACUCAGACCCACCCUUCUCUGAUCAGAUGCCAUUCCUUCUCGGACUCUUAAGUUCCAAUGGGUCAGAUAUGCUUGUAACUGAUAUUAAUUCUUCUGAUCCAAAAAGGAUUCUAAUAAUUCAUUCUCUAUGAAUAGCUUGUGAUUAUUUAUAAUGAAAUUCAAAGUAGGAGCCGAAAUUUCAGUAUUUUAUAA